AUCAUUUCUAAGAACGUUUCCGUAUUGGGCUCUUUUCUCACUGGAGCUCGCACGUUAUCCACGUUAUCAACCAUGUCUAGCAGUGGAAGAGCCAACGAUUCCAUCGGUGAGGAAUCGAUCGAAUCGUAUCUCAGCUCUUACGCGAGAUUAUCGGAUACACAUCACCGCAGACGCGAAGACGAUGCGACCAAGCAAGAAGGCAACGAACCAUCAACCAUCCGACGCCUAUGGGACGCGGAGGAUCAUCCCAUCGUGCCUUUUCGAGAGACUGCUCCGGCUCCAUACGGGUCUCUAAGCCUAGUACCAGCAGACAUCACACACGUCCCGCCAGAACCGGUCAAAGCAGGAGGUACUCCUGUUCCAUCCCCCUCCACCUCUCGCCUGGAAGACCCGAUGUUCUCCCAAGGCCGUGACAACGAUCCAUCUUGUGUCUAUGGCCAGGGUCGUUUCCAGACAAUCCUCCUCCUCUGCUGUCAACUGGCGGGAUUCGUUUACAUGAGUCAUUAUACCAGCAUUCUCCUUUUAGCUCCUGAUGUGGACCAUUGGUGUGCGCCUCCACCUUCCCACGCCAAUAUGUCCGACCACGACUGGAAAAUCAUUGGAGUCCCCGUCGACAGCAACGCUAGAUACCGACGGUGCGUUCGGUACGAACCUCCGCUAGACGUCCAGGCACCGAACCGAUCGGAGCACAGAUGUAGCUCCUGGAAGUUUGACUUGAAGACCUACGGUCACACUAUAGUGAGCGAGUGGGACCUUGUCUGCGACCGUGCCUGGUUGAUUUCCAUGCUCUCCACACUUUAUAUGGUCGGUUCUGCAACCGCUAUUCCUAUUGCAUCGCACAUGUCGAAGAUGGUUGGGAGGAAGCCCAUUAUUUACAUGUUCAUCGUUGUCCUUCUACUGUGCGGCUUCGCCCAGUGUUUCGCGAAGUUCUUCUUGCUCUUCGCCGCUCUUCACUUCAUGGUGGGAAUGGCCGCCAGUGGCGUUCAAGUGACCUCCAUCAUCCUUCUCUUCGAGGUAUGUACCACGCCAUACAAGGCGUACUACAAUUCUGUGGCAACAAUGGGCAUGGGAUGCGCUUUCACUUGCGUCGAGUUCUUCCGUCUGUACGGUCCAAGUCGGUUCAUAACGCAAGUCACCAUAAUGAUACCGACAACUUUUCUGAUAUCCAACUUUUACCUGGUACUGGAAUCUCCCGUGUGGCUCAUGUCCAAGUGGCGUAUACACCAAGCCGAGCAAAUUGUCCUGUGGAUUUCCGAGUUCAACGGCGUUUACGACUACGAAGCGAAGAAGCGCUGGUCCGACAUCAAGAAGGGACUCGCACAUAACGAAGAGAAGAUAACGUGCAUCGCCAGAACGGGCCUCUUAGACUUGAUACUGUCCCGUCGACUGAGAUUAUCGAUGGUCACUCUCUUUUUCUGCUGGGUCUCAACAGUCUUCGCCGUAUACGGCUUCGUGCUUUGCCUCGGGCUUCAUCACCCGACUGCUCGUAUUAUAUUUGUCCUACUUCAGUUUCCAGUAGCCUGUGCUGUGUACAAGCUUCUUCCUGUACGGGGCCGGAACGCGACGCUUAGCUUCUCAUUAGCGCUGUCUUCGGCCGCCUCCUGCUUUUUGAUGAUGUUCCAGAGCGACCCGUUAUUUGCCAUCUUGUACAACAUCAGCAUGUGCGCUGCAUUAGCAGCUUUACUCACGUUGUUGAUGUGCAGCGUGGAAGCCGUCCCGGUUAUGGUCAGUGGCUUGGGAGCUCGUGCAGGGUUUGCUUUUGGAAGGCUCGGAGCAACGGCGGCGCCUUUCCUACGAGAACUGGCGACUUACACGGAUAACACAGCGCCGUACGCCGUGAUCAGCGUGCUCCUGGCUGCGUGCAGUGUGUUGGCCGUGCAUUUGCCACAGACGAAAGCGGUGAAGUCUUCGGAAAGCGGCCAAGAGAUGGCUGAAGGGGCUACGAGGAAAAUGUUGCUUGACUUGCCCCCGUGUGAGACCACAUUCAAGCACACUCCGGACGGUUCGUAAUGUAAUUUGCAAGAGGAAAUGUCACGUGAUAACAAGACGUUGAUGUGUCGGGAUAGACAUUGCCUACGAGAGGGAAAUGAGAAAAUCUCCUAUGCAGAAAUAAACACAAUUGACAAUGCCGUGCCUAGAUAAGGUCGGCGACU